AUUCCAAUUCAAGGCCCUGCUCUCUCCCUCUCUCCUUCUCUCCCUCUCAAAAGAUUCCUCCCUUUCCAUUCCUCCUGGAAACAAAACCAUUUAUUGGUUCAGUAACCAGUCAGCAACUGUACCCAAGAACCUGCCUUCUUUCUCUCUCUCUCAUUGCUGCAAACAGGAAGCUACUGGAACCUGCACUCUCUCUCUAGAUUCCAAACAAGCAAAUUCUCUCUCUACCUCUCUCUCUCUCUCAUGGCUGACCAGGAGGAGCCAAACCCCAGCAGGGAGCCAAACCUCCAUGACAUCAAAGUCGAACGGCGACCACCCGAUUCGCGCUUAUCCGAAUUGGGUGUCCGGUCAUGGCCGAAGUGGGGGUGUUCCCCGGGUAAGUUUCCUCUAAAGUUUGAAGCACAACAGACGUGUUAUUUGCUGAAGGGGAAGGUGAGGGCUUAUGCAAAAGGUGUUUCAUCAUCAGAUGAGUACGUCGAGUUUGGAGCAGGUGAUUUGGUAGUCAUCCCCAAAGGUCUCAGUUGCACUUGGGACGUCUCUUCCCCUGUAGACAAGCACUACAAAUUCGACUGAAAAUAAAUACAUCAUUCUCUCUCUUUCUCUCUAAAUCUGAAAUUUCAUUGUCCUCUAUUUCUCUCUCUAAAAGUUGGGUCAU